AUGGCUGAUUACACUGCUAACAAUGGCUACCGGGCUCCUGUCUGGAGAACGCAGAUUAUUGGAUUUAAAGUUUCAGUGAAAGUGGCGAUCAUCUCGGAGGGAGAUGCUCCGCCUGCAUCACCGGACCCGGGCAGCCUCAGCAUCAGACGAAUAGCACCGUCAGAGCGCGGUCUUCAGGCUGCGAGUAUCUCUCUGUGUUUAUCCUGUGUGUUGGGCUCCGGCUGUGGGACAUUGGCUGCCGCCAACUCCUUGGAGUAUCUUAUUGGACACUGUCUGUCUCGGUCCUGCUUGUUGUGGGGGGGCAAACAGUGGUGGGAUCCAUAUGAAACAUGUCACAGAAAACAGUUUGUCUGUCGGCCAAAUUCUGCGACAGAGGCUCUGCUGUGCCCAACAUCAACAUCAUUCAUAGACUCUUAUUCACUGUCUGGUCCUUUUGGUUCAACUGUGUAUAAUAAGGACUUUUGCUGGAAGCCAGCAUGUAAACCUGAUUGCAAUCACACAGCAGCAGCCUCAGGAUGGAGGAGAAACAACCCGCAUCCCAGUCAGUCUUUCAUGAUGUGGAGGCUGCCUAGGGACGCCACACGAAGCCCUGAGUAUGUCAUGUUUCCGUGGAAAUGUCCCCCAUCUGAAGAGGAGAUCUAUAAGGCCUUGACAGCACAGUACUGCUCCACCUAUAAAUGUGACUUCAUGGGCAUGCCUCAAGGAUAUAAUCACACUGGUUAUACAGAAAGAAGACUUGCACCUCUGUGCAGUAGGUACCGUGUUCCCCUUUCCACUGACACAGAGAUGAGGGACAAUUAUCGCCAGCCAAAGCAAAAACCUGAGCUGAUGGCCAAUCAUUCUCACUACAGCUGCAACACGGAUCCUAAAGUGGCCUGCCGUGGUAUAGUUCCAACUGUUGUGCAAAGGCAUGUCCACACUCAGCAGAAACGAUCACAUCUGUCAACCUAUGACAGGUUUUGUGGAAAGAGAGUUACUAAUGUCUCAUCUGUAAUAAGGUCCCUGCUGCCCCAGGAGCUAGAGCGUUUACACAGUAUUUUACCUGAGGAAGAAAAAGAAGCUGUAAAAACAGUUUUGAGGAAAGAUACUCAUCCAAACAAUGGGGAUAAAGUAAAUAAACUUCCAGCUGUUGUGCGUAAGUCUUGCUCACUAGAGUAGAUAUCAAGCUGGCCAGGACCUCUCUCAACCGUGUGGCUCAAAUUAGUGGUUGGUGUAUCUGUGUUUGUAUUUCGUGGUUUUAUGAAAUUGA